UAGGUCGACGUCCAACUAUAAACCACCGGCAGCAAAGGAGAUCCAGCCUUUACCUGAGGCAUUGGAACUAGCACGGGAAGCUUCCUGCCAUGGCUCCGUCUCUUCAGCUGCCGGGCAUCGUCUCCCGGCCGCUUUACCGCAGCACUGGUCUGCUCCGCAGUGUUCUGGGCAGCCUGACCUGGGGACCUGCCAUCUCUGUGGCGAAGCCCGCGAUCCUGUCCGUCUUCUCGUGCAUCGAGACGGGGACACUGCUCCUCUUUGACGAGCCCGCCGGGGAACGGCUGGUAUUCGGCCAGAAGCUGAAGCCAAGCAAGCUCGACAACCUGACGGCCGAUUACGACUUUGGCGACCUGACAAACGGGGUCAAUGGCGUCCGUAAGGCGACGACGAUUCCGCGCGUCGAGCUCGUGGUCAAGGACGAGGCCUUCUGGAUGCGGCUGUUCCUGUUCGCCGACAUGGGCUUCGCAGAGGCGUACAUGCUCGGCGAGGUCGAGUGUGCGGACCUGACGGCCUUCUUCCAGCUUUUCAUCACGAAUCGCGAGGGCAUGGGCAAUGCGACGACGUGGUUGUCGUCGAUUUCCACCGCUGUGACAGGCCUGGCGCGGUCCACCAACACGCUCUCCAACUCCCUGCUCAACACCUCGGCGCAUUACGACAUCAGCAACGACAUGUUUGCGACCUUCCUGUCGCCCGACAUGACAUACUCAUGUCCGAUCUGGAGGUCUCACGUGAGGGGCGACCAGGAGGAAUCUCUUGAGGAGGCGCAGAUGACAAAGUUGCAUCGGUUCAUUGACGGGGCGCGGAUCAAGUCGACGGACCAUGUCUUGGAGAUUGGGACGGGAUGGGGAUCCUUCGCCAUUGAGGCAGUUCGCACCACUGGAUGCCGUAUCACGAGCUUGACAUUAUCGAAGGAACAGAAGAUAUUGGCAGAGGAACGGAUCGCCAAGGCCGGCCUCUCAGACCGAAUCGAAGUCAAAUUAAUGGAUUAUCGUGCUUUGCCGGUGCCAGACAAUCCUUACGACAAGAUCGUCUCCAUCGAGAUGCUGGAGGCGGUUGGCCAGGAGUUUCUCGGGACAUAUUUCUCGUGCAUCCAUCGCCUGCUGAAGAAGGACGGCGGGGUUGCUGUGUUCCAGUGCAUCACCAUGCCUGAGGGAAGGCAUGCAGCCUAUUCUAAGGGAGAGGACUUCAUAAACCACUACAUCUUCCCGGGAGGAUAUCUGCCAUCCAUAACACAGCUGUUGAAUCACAUCAGCAAGGAGUCGGAGGGAACCCUGAUCGUAGAGAAGGUGGAGAAUAUUGGCGGCCAUUACGCCAAGACGUUGCGCUUAUGGAAAGAGAGCUUCCUGAAGGACUUCCACUCCAAGAUCAGACCAUGCCUCCAAACGAAGCACCAAAACAUGACAGAAGAGGAGAUCGAAGUGUUUCGAAAAAAGUGGGAGUAUUAUUUCACAUACUGCGAAGCAGGAUUUGUCACCAAGACGUUGGGUGAUGUCAUCAUCACGGUUGGGCGAGAAGGCGCAAUAGAGUUGAUGGAGGGGAUCCCUUUAUGAGGAACGGCCGCAUUGGAUGGUCAAUAUUGGAUUCUGGAAGGAUAAUAGGCCAUGUUUGAGCUAGACCACGGUUGAUAGAGGCGCCGCCAAAUC